AUGUUCUCUUUCUCUCAAAAGAAGCCUGAAAAGAAACGACUCUACGUUGCGCUGUACCCCAGCGGAGUCGUCAACAAUGAGGAACGCAAAUACCACUGGGCCUUUCUAGUUGGACCUAAGGUCGAGGACGCAAACGAGGUGCCUGGAGAUCGCUAUCACGUCAAGAAUAGCCCCCUUGGCGUGUGGGAAUACGAAGAGCUUCCGCUUCGCAAUGUGAGAAACACAGUCAACUUGCUAGUACGCCUUGUUAUUGGGAAAGUAGAGGACGAAGAAAGGUUGAUAAAAAUCUUCCGGCAAGUUCCUCUUGUCCAGAAUGACGAAAGCUGGAGGUGCCGUACUUGGGUUAAGGAGGCUCUGGGCGCAAUAGCAAAGGAUGGUCAGGCGGUCGGGUCCGCCGUACUCGAGUGGGAGAAGAUUGAAGCAAAAGCGAGAAGCUAUGUUGCUGAUAAGACUGCCGGAGGACGGUUUAACUCUGUCGAAAAGCUUGCACAUCCCAAGCCUACCUGGGAUAUGACGGAAAACAAAGAGGAGAUAGCAUAA